AUGGAAGUCAAAUUACGAAUGAAUCAUUUGGGAUUAAUUCUUUUCACAUUAUUUAUGAUCGAAUUGUCAUUCCAACUUGAGAAAUCAGUUUACAGGUGGAAUAAUUUUGAGUUGUCACAAAAUAAAUCUUUCGUGGAUGUAAAUUACUUUCUAAAUGCUACUAAAAGCGGUUCAUAUGUGCUAAACUUCAAUGCCACAACAUUUUUUCCAUUGCAAAAUGCUUUUAUACAAAACUCAAUUCAGUUCUUAAAUGCUAACGGACAAUAUGAGCAAUUCAUGGGAAAAGGUUUGACUGAUUUGUGCAAAUUUCUUAGCUUUCGUAAAGGAAACAAAAUAAUGCGAAUAAUUUUCGAUAAAAUUAAAGGAGAGCAAAAUUUUCCUUCAUCUUGUCCAAUCAAACCAGAUACUUACUAUGCAAACAACAUAGUGUUUGAUGGAAACAGCAGCCUUUUUCAGUAUGUUGGUGAUGCCAAAGUGAUGGCUUUGUUGGAUUUUGGGACAAAGAUUAAAGGAAAAAUGAUUUAUUUUGUUAACAUAAAAGUUUUUGUUGAAUUUAUAGAACGUGUCAAGUGGGAAAGGGAACAACUCAAAAACAAAACCAAAGCAGAAAAAAAGAAACAUUAA